GCGAUUGCGGGUCUGUGAACAAAGUCGAUGGUGACUACGUCAUAUCGUUCGACGCGGCGACCACCUUACGCACGUAUAUGAAGCUAUAUUCCCGAUGCGCGUCACUGCAGUCGCAGAGUAUCAUUUGGUGCAUGACUUGGAACUUCAUUGAAGGGACUUCAGGAACGAGUCCAGCGCACUGGGUGGUGGCGCACCUGCGGGCUUCUUUUUCUUCUUUUUGCUGUCCAGGAGCUUCCGAGGCGGACUUGGUGGUGGGCCAAACAUACUGCCAUGAGUUCGUUUGACCGCCACUGGAGCAGGUGGUGGUGGCGGUGGCGCCACUGGUUUGGACCUCUUCUGAUUGACGGCAACGGGGGUUCCGGGGGAUGAGCGGCGGUGGUGGCAAUGGUGGCACGUCGUCAUGACGGCGUUACGCACACGAACACAAGGAGGGACCGUUUUGUGGAGGAUUUUGGCUUUCCUCUUGGACGAGGCAUGAGCGCGCGCGAGCUUCUUAUUGACCCCGGCGUUGUGACGUUGAUGGACGAUGCGGACGUGCGCACUCUUGCCAGGAACCAACAGCCCAAAGCAAGCGUCGCAGAACGAAUCCAUCACUGCGCUUGGAAAUGGUCGCGAGAAUGGUCGGUUUGUGGACUUCUGCAUGGUGUCGACGAGGCGAACGAAUGCAGUCGAGUGGAUAUGUGCCAGUGCCAGCGUACUUGCGCAUUCCUCCGCAGGCUGGGCUGUCGUGGGAAGAGAGAAGAAGUUUUCAGGUAAGCGUUGUAGCAUGGCAUGCGCCGUCGUCCAGUGAAACAGCAGCCGGCGCCGCAGCGCCGUGUCGCUCACGCAUUCCGCCACCGUUGCGUCCAUGUGGGAAGAGGUCGUGAUGGUUCGUGU